AUGCAUACCUUUGCAGGAGAGAAAAUUUCUCUGUCUGGAUGUAAUGAAUCAUUCAGACUGAAGGGUAAUUUAAAGAAGCAUCUAUGUAUUCAUACAGAGGACAACCCUCUUGUUUGUGAAGUAUGUAAAAGGUCAUUUAGUCAAAAGCGUAAUUUAAACCAGCAUAUGCUUAUUCACACUGGAGAGAAAUUUCAUGUAUGUGAAAUAUGCAAGAAGUCAUUUACUCAAAGGAGUAGUUUAAAUGGCCAUAUGCUUACUCACACAGAAGAGAGACCUCAUAUGUGUAAAGUAUGUAAAAUGUCAUUUAGUCUGAAGUGUAAUUUAACUAAGCAUCUGCUUCUUCACACAGGAAAGAAACCUCAUGUGUGUGAAGUAUGUAAGAAGUCAUUCAGGCAAAAGGGUCAUUUAAAUGGACAUCUGCUGAUUCACACAGGAGAGAAACCUCAUGUGUGUGAUGUAUGUAAUAAAGCAUUUAGAGAAAGGAGUGCUUUAAACAAGCAUAUACUUAUUCACACAGGAGAGAAAUCUUAUGUAUGUGAGAUAUGUAAUAAAUCAUUUAAACGGAAGCAUCAUUUAAAUGGGCAUCUACUUAUUCACAGAUGA